GCACGAGUCCUGUUAGUUUGAUUGUUCUUGGCUAACGGUGAAGGACAUACAGCAAGUCAGCUGCCUUAAUCAAAUCACGAAGAUGAAUAGAAUUAUUUUGGGCAUCUUUGCAGUGACCAUGUGUUUUGCCAUUGGUCAGGCACUGCAAUGUUAUAAGUGUGACAUUGGCCUAUGGGAUGUGUGUUACACUACCAAGACGACAUGUGGAGCUAACGAGCAAUGCUACACUGGUGUGGGGAAGGCAGCCGGCUUCAUUCAGGUCCGCAUGAAGGGUUGCCUGGCCAGCGCCGAGUGCAACAAGACCAGCGACGUCAACUUCCCCACCGACAGCAACACCACGGUGUACAGCAUGACCAAGACCUGCUGUGAGGGGGAACUGUGCAACGCGGCGCCUGGCCUGCCACGCAUGGGCACCCUGCCACUGGCCCUCGCCACCCUGCUCACACUCCUCACCGCCAAGGCCUUGGUCUGAGCAGACACACACACACACACACAUACACACACACACAGCUGAACACACCUUCACACA